AUGUCGGUAACAAUAUCGUCGGAAUGGCAGCGCGUGCGCAUGCUGGCAGCAGCGCAUCAGCAGUACGAAGGUACACGGAGAUCGCCCAAAUGGUUCUCACGACCGGCUGAUGCUUCACCCGGGACGAACACAAUAUCACAGGGCAGCGAUACCCUCGCAGACGUCGAGACUUCCGCCAAGAAGCAGACAGAUCAGCUUGGAAUCUCUUUGUCGACUUUCCAAUCCAAUCACGAAGGCCAAAUUGUCGACAGGAUCCAGGAAGCUCGAGGCCACUGCGAUUUCGUGAUUCUCAACCCAGGAGGUCUCACGCACACGUCUGUUACUAUUCGAGAUGCUCUGUUGGGUGUGCAGAUACCAUUCAUCGAGGUGCACGUCAGCAACAUCCACGCUCGCGAACCCUGGAGGAACCAUAGCUAUUUCAGCGACAAGGCUGUGGCAGUGAUCUGUGGGCUGGGGGUGUUUGGCUAUACGGCUGCUAUUGACUUUAUUGCUCGGAAGUUGGAUGUUCAGAAGGGGUCUUGA